AUGCAUGAUGACCUCUCGAUUCACAAGAAUGUACGAGAUACCUUGACUAUGCUUGAGCUGACAGCAAAGUUUGAUUGUCUAGAAUGGGCAUCACAAUCCGUGCAGUCAAGUGUUUCCUCGGCAGGUGAGAUUCAGAAGCUCUCUUUGCUAUCGGAAGCAUACAGAACUGCUGCCGUGCUGUAUGGAAAACGAGUCCUCCGUGCUUUCAAGACAUCGACCAGGACGAUAGCAUCUGAUCGUGAGGAGUUGAUGUUGCGGUUGCUUGGCGUGAUUGACUCUCUCAAAUGCGACCCGGCGUUGUUCAAGUGCCUACUCUGGCCUACCUUCAUCACCGGUCUCGAAUGCCAGACUCAUGGCGAGCAACAGGCGGUCAUUGGAUUUCUCAAGAUGCUUUGGGAUCUUACCUUUUGCUUGAAUGUGAUAAACGCAUCAAAAAUCCUGCGUGGUCAUUGGAAGCGAAGGCAUCUCGAUGGCAAUUUGGAAUCGAAGAAAUCCGACUUCUAUGUAAUAGAACAAGGCUGGCUACUUAUUUGA